GUCAGCUGCAGCCACAUCAGCAAAAUGGCUAUCAGCCCCAGCCCCAGAUACCCCAGGGCUACCAGCCCCCCCAAGGCUACCUCCCCCAGCAGCACCCUCACAUGAUGCCAAGGCCCCCUCAAACUGUUCCUCAACACAUACCCCCCACUUCUCAGCCUGCACCCCCUACAUCCCAGCCCUACAUGCCCCACCCCCACCAACACCAACAGAUGCCCCCUGGACUUCCUCACCCACACAUGAUGCCCCAACAGCAGCAGAUCCCUCCCCACCCACAAAUGCACAUACCAGGCGGUCCCAGAGUACAAAUGCCCCCCACAAGUCAGCAAAUGCCCCCGGUCUCCCAGCACUACAUGCCCCCCGGUAACCAGCCCCUUCACCCCAACAUGCGGCCACAGAUGCCUCCAGCCUCACAGCCUCAUAUGGUCCACAUGCCGAGGGGCCCCAUGCCACAGAUGCCCCCUCACCACCACCCCGGACAGCCUCCAAUCACGAACAUGCCCCAGCAGCCCAUGCAGAUGCCCGGUCAGGCUCCGCCCCCUCAUCCUGGGGGGAUGUGCUACCCUGGAGGGUCUCCGAUGAUGCCUCAGCAGCCUCUGGCCCCCCAGCAUGCCGCCCCCCAACAACCUCAGGCUCCCAUGAUUCACCCGCAGCCCUCUCCUAUGUACCCCCCAGCUGCAGGACCUAAUGUACCCCCGAGUGCCCCCCAGCAACCGCCUGCCAUGGGUCCACACAUGCCCCCCGCCCAACACAUGAUGCAGCCCACUCCUGGAGGCCCUUCAGUGCCUCAGCCUCCCAACAAUGUCCCUCCCUCCCCAUCUCCUUCCCCCUCCCCAUCUCCCUCCCCAG